CGUUAAUAUGCGCGCCUAUCGAUGUGACGCAUUUCUGAUCGAGCGCCAGCAGAUCACAGUUCUGCCUUUGCCAGAUCUCAAGCUGGACGACGCGAACAAGAAGUCAAAGCAACCACGGCUUACGACAGACACCUUACAGUGGCUAUGGUUGACGGUGACAGCUCCGGUGUUAUCAAAGCUGAGAUACACCAAGAGCUCAUCCGAUCAGGACCUUCCCCACAUUUGGUGGUACCAACAGGGCCUUUGAGCCAAAUGCCUCUCCAUGCAGCCGGCGUUUACGGCACAGGCUCCCAAGAUACAGUCCUUGAUCGAUGCAUGUCCUCGUACGCUUCAUCGGUAAGAGCACUGAUCUAUGGGCGACAGUCGAAACUUCGCAAAGCACUACCUUCUGACCAGAAGCUUGCCCUUCUCGUGUCAAUGCAACACACGCCAAACCUCUCGUGGAACUCGGACCUUCCCUUCGCAUCGGAAGGAGUGGAAAGCGUGACCGGACUUGUCAAAUCGAUCAAUCUCGAUCCAAUCAGACCGCCUCCCAGAAGAAAAGAUGUCCUCGCCAACCUCGGCGCUUGUCACAUUUUCCAUUUCGCUGGCCACGGCGAAUCAGACCCCCGAGAUCCAUCGAAGAGCCGUUUGCUACUGGAAGACUGGGAAGAAAGCCCACUGACCGUGGGAGACCUGCAGGAACACAGAGUCCAGAACGAUCCUCCUUUCCUGGGGUACCUUUCUGCAUGCUCCACAGCCUCGAACAGAGUCGAUCGCCUCGUUGACGAAAGUGUCCAUCUCGUGAGCGCGUUCCAGCUCGCAGGCUUCAGACACGUCGUUGGUACACUCUGGGCGGUGUCAGACAGUCAUUGUGUGGAUGUAGCACGGAUCGUGUACGAAACGCUUCGGGACGAAGGCCUUACUGAUUUGGCGGUGUGUCGAGGCCUUCAUCGUGCAGUCAAACACUUGCGACUGAGUACAAGUUAUGUCAAAAUGAGGGGUCCAAGAGACAUCGAAUUAUUGGACGAUGAGGAAGAAGAAGAGUGCAAAGUGGUCCUAGGAGAUCCAGCGCUGUGGGCGCCAUAUAUUCAUUAUGGUGUUUGAGGGUUGCAUGCUCUUGAGCAGCAUUUCCAGCUUCCUAAAGCAACAGAAAGAAAGCAUCCACAUACCAUUCUUCACGGCUAGCAACCACUGUUGCUACA